GUCACUUCCUGUACAGGUGUCUCGUUGUAACGGCUGAAACAUCCACAACAAGAGCAAAGCGGAACGUUUCAGCGAUUACAGAGUUUCCACAGUCCCUCCACUUAAAUCUAAUUGCGCUGUUUAAAUACAGUGAGCAGAGUGGCUUUUCAGGAAACAAGCACACCUUCGCGAGUGGCCCGCCACUUCAGCUUGUUACAGAUUUGUAGACGUGCAAAUUACACCAGCAGAGCAGCGGUUGGCAGGGAGUGUUGGACAGGGCCAUGGAGGCACCUGAGGGGGAAGGCCGCACAUUUAUGCAGGUGAUCAGUGAGAAAUACAGCCCUGAGAACUUCCCCUACCGCCGGGGCCCUGGCAUGGGGGUGGUUGUACCGUCAGGCCAUCAGGGAUCCCCUAUGAAAGACCGACUGAACCUGCCCAGUGUGCUGGUCCUGAAUGGCUGUGGAAUUAGCCAUGCAGGGGAUGAAGGAGAGAUUGCAGCUUUUUGUGCUCAUGUGGUUGAACUGGACUUAUCUCAUAACAAACUCCAAGACUGGCAUGAGAUCAGUAAGAUUGUUAUGAGCAUUCCAAACCUGGACUUCCUAAACCUUAGCUCAAACCCUCUGAGUGACACAGUGCUGGAUCCGGAUUUGGCUGAGGCUUUCUCUAGAGUGCGCCGUCUCGUCCUCAACAACACUCGGGUUUCUUGGGAUGUUGUUCACGCCUUUACACGCGAGAUGCCUGAAUUGGAAGAGCUGUUCCUGUGCCUUAAUGAGUACAGCACUGUGAAGGUGUCUGCGUCUCCAUGUCCUUCCCUGCGGCUGCUGCACAUUACAGACAACAGUCUGGAGGACUGGGGCGAGGUGCGCAAGUUUGGCAUCAUGUUUCCCUCGCUCAGCACACUCGUCUUGGCUAACAACAACCUGAACUCCAUUCUUGACUCUGAGGACAAUCUUCGCCGACUCUUUCCUAACUUGCGUAGCAUCAAUCUGCACAACUCGGGUCUGAAUCAAUGGGAAGACAUUGAGAAGUUAAAUGUUCUGCCCAAACUGGAUGAGGUGCGAUUGCAAGGCAUUCCUCUGCUGCAGUCCUACACUAACACAGAGAGGCGCAGUCUCAUGAUAGCUCAAUUGCCUUCAGUGGGCUGCCUCAACGGAAGCAUCGUUACAGAGGGAGAGCGCGAGGAUGCUGAGAGGUUCUUCAUCCGUUACUAUCGGGAUUACUCUGAAGAGGAGCUGCCUCAGAGGUACCACUAUUUGGUAGCUAAGUAUGGGAAAUUGGCACCGUUGGCUGAGAUUGACCUGCGGCCACGCUGCCAUGCUAAGGUGGAAGUGCACUGUGAGGACCGGGUAGAGCAGGUGAACAUCAGGCUGGACCAGACCGUGGCUGAGCUGAAAAAACAGCUGAAAACUGUGGUGAGACUCUCAGCCAGUAACAUGCGUCUUUACUACAUUGACAAGGACCUGCACUCAGCUUUUGGGCCGGAAGAGAUGAAGUAUAGCACAAGGGCCUUGCAUUCCUACAGUAUUCGGGAUGGGGACGAGCUCCUGGUGGUGCCCAAGACCAAAUGACUGACUGGCACAAGAACCAAGACAAAACUGUGCUGGAAUCUUUUGUGUUCAUGCUAACACUACAUAGAUUUCACACUGUGUAACUGAGACAGGAUUCCAGAAAUAAUAUUAAAAAAAAAAGAAAUUCUAGGCUUAAGUUCUAUCUAUCUAUCUAUCUAUCUAUCUAUCUAUCUAUCUAUCUAUCUAUCUAUCUAUCUAUCUAUCUAUCUAUCUAUCUAUCUAUCUAUCUAUCUAUCUAUCUAUCUAUCUAUCUAUCUAUCUAUCUAUCUAUCUAUCUAUCUAUCUCGCUCUCUCUAUCUCUAUCUCUGUAGGCAGAUUGCCUUGGAUUUCAGAGACAUUACUUUGUGUUUUAAAGGGCAUCUUGCAGCUCACAUUGCAGUCCAGUGUGCGCGACGCUGCGCUUGUUGCCAUGCCGUACAUAUGGCUUUCUUUUUAUGUUGCCUUUGACCAUGAAUGAGGUUUGCUCUUAACUGUCAGUUAAUGCCUGUUUCUUUAAAAGGAAAGCACAAAGAGCUUUGCUAGUUCAAUAAGUGCGUCCUGUGAAACCUGACAAUCAUCAGCCACCAGUUAUAUCAUGGGAGGGUGUCACAUCCUGCGAAUGUUAUACAGAGCAAACAGUGGAUUUGUAGAUGGUAUAUGUGUAGUGUAACUCAGGCCAUACCGUUUAAUAUUAAUUUAUAAUCUGACAGUAUAAUAACGACGGACAUCCUGUAGAGAAAUGAAGGUUUCUGUUUAUCUGCUUAUUUUGUAACGUUUGGUCCAUGCAUGAAUACACUACAAGUUAUUGUCUACCCUUAUAGUUUUCUGAAUUAAUUCAGAUUAAUCCUUAAGUCAGUCAGUGAUCUGUUCAUAUUUUUUUUUUUAUAUAUAUAUAAAGAGAAGCCGAAAUGGGUCAGUGACCAACCACCUUCUGUUUGGAUUUUUUAUUUAUUUUUUUUUUUUUAUAGUUUCACUCAUAGUAUAGUCAUAUUUACUCAUUUUAAUUCAAAGAAAUAUGCAACUCUGCAGACAUUAUAAAACAAAAGAAGUACAUCUGAACUGUUUAGAAAAAGCGUAGGGUUGUAGCAUACUGUAUGUAAUAACCUGAAUUAUAUGAAAUAUAUAUAUAUAUAUAUAUAUAUAUUUAUCCUACCUCCCAAAGUGCACUGAAACUGCGUUUUCCUUGCUGGUUUUUUUUUUUUAUCAUUUCACUAGAGUCUGGUUUACUUGAUUGGAAUUAAAGAUAAUGCUGCAGAAUAUAUAAAUAUAUAAGUAAAGUACACACAUGAUACAUAAAGCUGUGUGAGGUUUCAUAAAAUAUAUUUUUCAUUAAAAAAUAUUAAGUCUAUUUAAUCUCAUGUUGAACAGAAAAAAAAUGUUUGGUUAGGACUCAUUCAAGGUAUAACAGUGUUUGUCAUGGUUUUCUUAUUUUUCUACAGAACCUGACAAUUACAUUAAAACCUUGUCUACAUUCGGGUAGCAGAUUUCUAUUUAAAGUGCAGCGGACCUGUACUUUAGUAUUGUUCCCCAUAGAUAAGGGUGAAUUUUGCAGUUUAAUUUUUGGUUCCAGUGCAGCUCUUCUACAUUCCCUUCUUUUUUUUUUAAUUGCAGUUACUAAUCGCUACAGUACAUACAGUAGUAUUCUCCUUGGUGAGAAUAUAAAGAUUUCUUGUUUUUCUUGUAUAAAAUAUCACGCUUGAGGUUAUUAUGUUUAUGAUAUAACAAUCGUAAUCACAAAACACUGUGUCUAUAUUAUUGAUGACAGACACUGUUCUUGUGUCUAUGUAGUCAUUAGGCUGAACUGAAGUGAAGUGUUGGUGAAUCCAAGCUUAGAGGAUAACUAGAGGUCUAUGUGAUGACCUAAUCUUGGAAUUUUAGCUAGGCUUCCCAAUGAACAUGAAGCAUCGUGUUAGCUAAUUUUUUUUUUCCCCCAGAAUAGUAAGGAGUAAAUUCUCCAGAUCAUAUUUCAUAAAGUACUGUGUGUGGUCAUUUUCUAUAUCUUGUAGAUGGUAUAUAAUAGUAUUGCAGAGUAGUUAAUUAGAGAAAUAAUUAAACUUGGAAUUAAUCUGUAUAAUCACAUAAUCAUAACUGGAGAGAGAAUAAAAUCUAUUUGAUUUGUAGAAUAUUUCAUUAAGGGACUUGUCCAUGUAAAACAAGUUUCCCUGGGGUUUUUUUUUGUUUUUGUUUUUUAAGCGAGUACCUAGAGUGGAAUCUAUGCUUUUCAGAUUUAACCUACAGUAGUUCAGCUAUAAGUAAAGAGAUUUUUAAAUUUCAUAUAAAAUUGUACACACAUCUAUGUUGAAACCAGAAAUGAAGUAAACCACAUUCAUAAUGAAAGUCUUUACAGAUAGACAUCUAAACUAACAGGAGAUUUGUAAAACGAUCCAUUUUCAAGUGGUAAUAUAACGGAUAAUACGAAAGAUGCUAUUGUGUUGAUUUUGGUCAUUGCACUUUAAUGGUAUUCAGUUAUUGUCAUGCAUUAUUUAUUUGCAUUAAUGGGAAUCAUUUGUAAAAAAUCUUUCUUUAUUUUGUUACAGUUGUUUUGUAGAUGAUUAAUAUUGUCUAAUUUAAUGCCACUUAUUUUGUCAAUAUUUUAAAAUCUUGCAUUGAUUAUUAAAAGGGAAUUUCCUUAACCGCUUUAAGUUCAUGAUGAAUGUAUAUUGUGAAAGCUUCCUAACAGUAUAUCGCAACACAAUAGACUUAAUUUAUUCCCAUCUAUUGAAUGCAUUUAUUCUCUAUUAACACAAGCUCUGAAACUCCAACUAAGUGAUUUUUCAAUUCAAAUGUGACUGGUUUGUAUUUGCUCCCACCAUUCUUCAAUUCCCAUGCAUGUUAACUAAUCUGCUGUUGCUUAAAUAAGUUCUCUUUGCGUUAAGUUGCCCGUGAUUUUCUGGAUGAUGAGAGAAAUUCCACUAAGGUUGAAGGGAAAUAAAUGACAUUUCUGAGUGA